ACACAGAAACGGAACGAUGUCGCCCUCUUGUGGCCACCGGCGGAAGUCCAGCUCCGGGAUGAACUCUGACCCGGAAGAAGUCUGUGGUGUUUUUCUGUUUCUACACGUGUGUCGCGUUUGCUCCACAGCAUCCGACCAACAUGGCAGCGUGCAGCGCGGAGGAGCUGCUGGCCCAAGCGGAGCGGGACGAGGCGGAGAAGCUGCGGAGCAUCACCGUCCACAAGGAGCUGGAGCUCGAGUUCGACGUCGGGAACCUGUUGGCCUGCGACAAGAACCGCAUCGAGUCCCGGGACUUCAGGGGCCAGAGGAGAGACGACUUCCUGCGGUCUUUGGCCCGCGACAACACGCAGCUCCUCAUCAACGAGCUCUGGAAGCAGCCCACGGAGCGGGUGGAGGAGGCGAUCGUGGCCAAGUUACCGGCGCCGGUAACCCCGCUGCCGCGAGAGAAGCCGCCCCCGAAGCCCAGACCCCCGACCAAGUGGGAGCAGUUCGCCAAGCUGAAAGGGAUUCAGAAGAAGAAGAAGACCAACCUGGUGUGGGACGAGAAUGCCAAGGAUUGGAGGAGGCGCUGGGGCCACAAGAGGGCCAACGAUGACACCAAGGAGUGGCUGAUCGAGGUGCCGCAGACCGCGGACCCCAACGAGGACCAGUUCGCCAAGCGCGUCAAAGCCAAGAAGGAGCGCGUGGCCAAGAACGAGCUCAACCGGCUGAGGAACAUCGCCAGGACGCAGAGCGUCAAAGUGCCCGGCGUGGGUCUGACCCCCAAAGCCCAGCAGUCCAAAGACGAGCUGUCCCGAGCCGUGAGCGUGGCCAGGACCUCCACGGCCUCCGUGGGCCAGUUCCAGGAUCGGCUGCCCAAGGAAAAGGCGCCGAGGAACACCGGCAAGAGGAGGAAGUUCGAGCCCCUCAUCGGCGACUUCUCCGGCGAGAGGCAGAAGCAGCUGGACCUCCUGAAGGUCCUGGGCACCAAGAGGCCGCAGCUGGACAUCACCAAGGCCGUGAACAAGCAGAUGAGGGAGGAGGACAGAGAGGAGGCCGCCAAGAGCAGGAAGGGAGCAGGGAAGAAGGGACGCAAGGGGAACAUGUCAGGGAAGGGUGGGAAAGGAAAGGGAGGUAAAGGUGGUGGAGGAGGUAAAGUUGGUGGAGGAGGUAAAGGUGGUGGAGGAGGUAAAUUUGGUGGAGGAGGUGGAGGGAAGAAGAGAGGUAAACCUGGGAAGCGUUGAGGACUCUCACCUCCUGUCUCUCCUGGCUGUGCCUUGACAUCAAAACACCCAUGAUGCAACAUUCAAAUGACUGAUGAUGAAGAGGAGGGUGAUGAUGUGACUGCAGGAUGUAUGUGGCUCUUCCACCUCAUAUAAAUGGGGAAAAAAAGCUUCAGUGUAAAUAAAAAUUACAUGAUUGAUUUCACGAAUCCAGGAUUUAUUCAUUUUUUAGCAGUGUAUAAUUGUUUCAGUCCGUUUUCUCAACUUGCCAAACUUCUAUUUGUUUUAUAGAGUCGUCAUCUUUCACUUUGAGGUUGUAAGUUGGUCAGAAUGAGCAAUUUGUAGAUGUCAAAUGUUAAAAUAUAUAAUUAUACACCUGCUUUUUUAAAAUAAAUGUUUCUGUAGAGUGCAGAAAUUUAAAUGGG